AUGGCCGCUGCUGCUUUCGAUUUCACUGGCGAGGUGGCCAUUGUCACUGGCGCUGGAUCUCCCGAGAUUGGGAAUGGACGUGCGACUGCUAUCUUACUCGCCAGACAAGGCGCUAAGGUGGCACUAGUUGACUAUAAUUCCGAAUGGGCCCAAGAGACCAAGCGCAUGAUAGACCUCGAGGGCGGCGUAUCAGAGGUUGUACAAGCCGAUGUGACCGAUGAAAAAAGCUGCAAAAUGGCUGUGGCCAAGGCCAUUGAGUUGUUUGGAAAAGUGGAUAUUCUUGUCAACAUUGUUGGAGUUGGUGGAACCCUAGGGGAUGCCACGAAGCUCGAUCUUACGGCUUGGGAGCGUGAUUUCAAGAUAAAUGUCACCAGCAUGGUGCUUAUGUGUCGUCACACCAUCCCUGAGAUGAGAAAGAAUGGAAGAGGCGCAAUUGUCAACAUGUCUUCAGUGAGCGGUCUUCUCGGUGGAAAUCCUAGUCUCCUAUAUCCCACAACCAAGGGUGCCAUUAUUCAAAUGACCCGGGCCAUGGCUGCCCAGCACGGUCCUGAAAAUAUACGGGUCAACUGUGUUUGCCCCGGAAUGGUUUUCACUCCGAUGGUACGAGGCAGAGGCAUGACGGAUAAGAUGCGACAGGAUCGCAUCAACCAGAACCUCUUAAAACAGGAAGGCACUGGAUGGGAUGUUGGUUAUGCUAUCCUCUUCCUUUGCAGCAAGGAAGCGAAAUGGAUCACUGGCUUGAUCAUGCCCGUUGAUGGCGGUACCACUGCAGGAAAGGCAGACAGACCAGCCUUGAAAGCCGAUACUCUCGCCGAGCAGAACACGAUGAUUCCCAAUAAUGCUUAA